CGUGGUCGCGGCGUGGCCGGAAGCGGAAGUGCUGUGCGGGUGCCAGCAUGGCGGCGCCGGGGGCGGCGGACGGGGGAGGCUCCGGCGGGACCGCGGGGCCCGCCACGGUGUCGCGGCGGGUGAAGUACGGCAGCCUGGCCGUGCUGGUGCUGCAGAACGCCUCACUCGUGCUCAGCAUCCGCUACGUGCGCACCCGGCCCGGGGAGCGGUUCCUGCCCAGCACCGCCGUGGUGAUGGCCGAGGCCAUGAAGGGCACGGCCUGCCUGCUGCUGCUGCUGCUGCAGCACCGAGGCAGUGUCCGGCAGACGGCGGUGACGCUGCACGAGGCCGUGGUGGGACAGUUUGGGGACACGCUGCGCCUGGCUGUCCCCUCGCUCAUCUACACCCUGCAGAACAACCUGCAGUACGUGGCCAUCUCCAACCUGCCCGCCGCCACCUUCCAGGUGACGUACCAGCUGAAGAUCCUGACCACGGCGCUGUUCUCGGUGCUGCUGCUGGGCACGGCGCUGUCGCGGCUGCAGUGGCUGUCUCUGGCGCUGCUGUUCGCCGGCGUGGCGCUGGUUCAGGCCGAGCAGGCGCGUGCCGUGCCCCCGGCUGUCGCGGCGCUGCCGUCACCGGGCCCCGAGGCGCCGGCGCAGAGCUACGCCGUGGGGCUGGCGGCCGUGGCCGCCUCCUGCCUGUCCUCGGGCUUCGCCGGCGUGUACUUCGAGCGGCUGCUGAAGCGCUCGGGCGGCUCCAUCUGGCUGCGCAACGUGCAGCUGGGCGCCGUGGGCACGGCCGUGGGGCUGGGCGCCAUGCUGGCCGCCGAGGGCCCGGCCGUGGCCGCGCUCGGCUUCUUCUACGGCUACAACGGCGCCGUGUGGGCCGUGGUGGUGAACCAGGCGGCGGGCGGGCUGCUGGUGGCCGUGGUGGUGCGAUACGCCGACAACAUCCUGAAGGGUUUCGCCACGGCGCUGUCCAUCCUCGCCUCCACCGCCGCCUCGGCGCACCUCUUCGGCUUCCGGCCCCGCGCGCCCUUCCUGGCCGGCACCGCCAUGGUGCUCGCCGCCGUCGUGCUCUACGGCCGCCCGCGCGGAAAUGCGGGCACCGGGCACGGAACCGGGCAUGGAACCGUGGGCAACGUGGGCACCGGGCACGGCACAGCCCGAGGGCAGGACAGUGGCAAGUCUCCCAGCAAGGACAAAGGCACCUGACGGCACCGAGCACCCCCCCGGGCCCUAUAGGGACUGCCCUCAGUCCCUAUAGCCGCCAUAUGGCCGCCCCCCCCUCCGGGGGCUAUAGGGACCCCCCGGUCCCUAUAGGGCCGUAUGGACCCCCCAGUCCCUACAGGCAGCUCAGGGCCACUCCUGGUCCCCAGAGGAGCCCUAUGGCCGCUCCCCCAUCGCGGUGGGCUAUAGGGACGCCCGAGGUCUCUAUAGGGGCCCCCAAAGUCUCUAUAGGGGCCCCCGCGCGGUUUUGGGGUGAAUGAAGCGAAUUUUGGUCAAA